AUGGCGAUCACCAUUCAGGACUACCGAUUACCACACGACACCCACAAUCUCUACGAAGUCAACUUCUUCGGUGACAAUAUCGAAACCCUAGUAACUCACGAUCCCACCAUGGUUUCACAGUGGCUGUCCGACAUUGAGUCCCUCAACAACCAAAGCCACCAUCGCCUGGUCAUCGGCCUCGACGUAGAGUGGCGCCCCAACAACCGGCGCUAUAAGAACCCUGUUGCCACCCUCCAGCUCUGCGUCGGCCACCGUUGUCUCAUCUACCAACUCAUUCAUUCGCCUCAUGUUCCGUCCCUUCUCGUUGACUUCCUCUCCAACCAGAACCACACUUUUGUGGGCAUUGGAAUUGAGUCUGAUUUGAAGAAACUUGAAGAGGAUUAUGGAUUUGGGUACAAUGCGAAUGCCGUGGAUUUAAGGAAGCUCGCGGCGGACAAGUAUCAGAUGGAGCAGUUGAAGAAGGCGGGGUUGAAGAAUUUGGCCAGAUUUGUGCUUGAGAAAGAGGUGGAAAAGCCCAAAAGAGUGACGUUGAGUAGGUGGGAUUACACGUGGUUGACGCCUGUUCAAGUGCAGUAUGCUUGUGUUGAUGCUUUUGUUUCUUAUGAGAUUGGCAGGGUCUUGAAUGCUGCUGAAUAA